ACGGCGCAUGCGCGGGGGCGCUACCGCUUCCGUGCGGCGGCGGAGCGCGGCGCGGCCCGGCCAUGCCGUUCCCGGCGGCGCCGCCCGGAGGGGCCGCGGUGGGGCCCAUGGGGCUGCGGGAGCUGCUGCUGAGCGCCACGGCCGCCGCCGAGGCGGGGGGAGGCGGCGAUGAGGAGGUGUGCGUGGUGGGGAUCUUCGGAAAGACGGCGCUGCAGCUGUGCUCGGAGAAGGAGGCCCUGGUGAGCACCGUGUGCGACCGGCAGGUCUUCCCGCUCUUCCCGGAGGAGGAGGACCCCGAGCUGGCCGACGGCGACCCGGGGGAGGAGUUUGACCUGGCGAGCAAGGACUACAACCACCUGGAGGCCUAUUACAGCCAGGAGAACCGGGUGCUGUACCUGGUGCUCACGUCCAUCUGUGACACAUCGCAGCUGCUGCGGGCCUGCGGGGACCUGGCCAAGGCGGAGAGCAGGGAGAACCGGCCCGGGGGCCCGGGGCCGCUGCCGCACGCAGAGGCUCAUGAGUUCUGGAAGCACCAGGAGAAGCUGCACUGCCUGAGCCUCCUCUACCUCUUCUCCGUGUGCCACAUCCUGCUGCUGGUGCACCCCACCUGCUCCUUCGACAUCACCUACGACCGCGUCUUCAGGGCGCUGGACGGGCUGCGGCAGAAGGUCCUGCCCUCCCUGAAAGCCGCCAUCAAAGACUGCCCGGUCGGCAAGGAGUGGAAGCUCAACUGCAGGCCAUGCCCUCCGCGCCUCCUCUUCCUCUUCCAGCUCAACGGGGCGCUGAAAUUGGAUCCCGUCCCAAGCAGGGGCCAGGACCCCUGCGGUCACCUGGAGAAGCCGCCCCCCAAGAAGCACUCCCCCAAGAGGAGGCUGCAGCACGCUCUGGAGGAUCAGAUCUACCGCAUCUUCCGCAAGAGCAGGGUGCUGACCAACCAGAGCAUCAACUGCCUGUUCACCGUGCCCGCUAACCAGGCCUUUGUGUACAUCGUGGCCCAGGAUGGAGAUGAUCCGGUGGCCAUGCUCCUCGAGCAACUCAGGAACAACUGCACCAUGAGGGAGACUGACUCGCUGCUGGCCCCCACGCUCUCGGGACCCAGGAGGUAUCAGAUGAUGCGGCACGGCCGGCAGCAGCUGUCCUUCCAUGCGGAGAGCAGCAGCAGCAGCUCCAGCUCCUCUGGGCAGCUUGUGGACUGCACCCUCAAGGAGUUCUUGUGGCAGCACGUGGAGUUGGUGCUCAGCAAGAAGGGCUUUGAUGACAGCGUGGGGAGGAACCCGCAGCCCUCUCACUUUGAGCUCCCGACCUACCAGAAGUGGGUGGCCACAGCUCUAAAACUGUACGAAGUAACCAUUGACGCCAAAGAUGACGACCCAAACUCUCUCACUGGGGAGCUGAGCUCAAAAAUCAUGAGCAGCAUCAAAGUCUUGGAAAGCUAUUUAGAUAUCGACACCAAGUUCUCAGAAAACCGUUGCCAGAAAGCUCUUCCCAUGGCCCACAGCGCCUACCAGUCCAACCUGCCCCACAAUUACACCAUGACCGUCCAUAAGAACCAGUUGGCGCAGGCCUUGCGUGUGUACAGCCAGCACGCCCGCGGACCGGCCUUCCACAAGUACGCCAUGCAGCUGAACGAGGACUGCUACAAGUUCUGGAGCAACGGGCACCAGCUGUGCGAAGAGCGAAGUUUAACCGACCAGCACUGCGUGCACAAGUUCCAUCUGCUCCCAAAAGCAGGGGAAAAGCCGGAAGCAGACAGAAAUCCCCCAGUUCUGUACCACAACAGCCGGGCUCGUUCCACUGGUGCCUGCAACUGUGGAAGGAAACAAGCUCCUCGGGAUGAUCCCUUUGAUAUCAAAGCAGCUAAUUAUGACUUUUACCAGCUGCUGGAAGAAAAAUGCUGUGGGAAACUGGAGCACAUCAACUUUCCCAUAUUUCAGCCAAGCACGCCUGAUCCAGCACCUGCGCGGGACGAGUCAUCGCCCGCUCCUCCGGAAGGCGAGAUCGAGAAACUUAAAGAAAAAGAACCUCAGACCCAGGGAGAGAGCACAGGCCUGAGCUUGGCCCUCAGCCUGGGCCAGUCCACGGGCAGCUUGGGCACUUACCCGCCGGAUGCCCAGGGUGGAGGGGACAAUGCAGAAAGUCACGGGCAGAGCGGAGACUCCAAAAGCGAGAAAAGGCCAAGCCUGGUAGACCGUCAGGCGUCCACUGUCGAGUACCUCCCUGGGAUGCUCCAUUCUAAUUGCCCCAAAGGCCUUUUGCCCAAAUUCUCCAGUUGGUCACUGGUUAAGCUGGGGCCUGCUAAGGCUUACAACUUCCACACAGGUUUAGAUCAGCAAGGCUUUAUCCCGGGAACAAACUAUUUAAUGCCUUGGGACAUUGUCAUCAGGACAAGAACCGAAGAUGAAGGAGACUUGGAUACCAGUUCCUGGCCUGCACCCAACAAGGCUGUUCCUGGCAAAAGAAGCGCGGUUGUGAUGGGAAGAGGAAGACGGAGAGAUGACAUAGCUCGAGCUUUUGUAGGAUUUGAAUAUGAAGACGCGCGUGGUCGGCGGUUCAUGUGUUCAGGGCCUGAUAAAGUGAUGAAAGUGAUGGGAGGGGGGCCGAAGGAAUCCGCCAUCAAAGCCCUCAACUCUGACAUGCCGCUGUACAUCCUGUCCUCGACUCAGGGACGGGGACUCAAGCCACAUUACGCUCAGUUCAUGAGGCUCUUUGUGGUGGUUCCUGAUGCUCCGCUGCAGAUCACGUUGACGCCCCAGGUUCAGCCAGGGCCACCACCUUGUCCUGUAUUUUACCCUGAGAAGCAAGAAAUAACCCUUCCAUCUGACGGGCUGUGGGUGCUUCGAUUUCCGUACGCGUACGUGACAGAACGUGGACCCUGCUUUCCUCCCAAAGAAAGCCAACAAUUAAUGAGUUACAAGGUUCUCCGAGGAAUACUAAAAGCAAUUACACAAUAAGAAUUAUUUGGGUAGAUUUUAGUUUAAAAAUACUAUGGUCAAUCCAAAUCAUGGAUUUAGAUGCAUGUCUGUUAGCAAACAGCUGUCAGGGCGAUCUGUAUUUCACUGGAAUAGUCAGAUUGAAAAUAAGGUUUGAUAUCAAAGCAGAUAAAGGAAUCCAGGAGACACGUAAAAUUUCUGUUUAUUAAAUUUGUAUUUGUAAAAAAUAAAAGCUGGCUAUCACAAUAUACUGAGCCUGUAUUACGAGGUGUUUUGAUGAUAGUGCUUUUCCCCGUUGUAUCUUCCUACAUACAUAUUUCAGAAUGUUUAAAAAAUGAGCAUUGUCUGAAAUCAGGAGUUUCCUUUGUCAUAUUGAGGCAAUGGUGGGCAGAAUCUUUUAUUCUAAAUAAGGUAUUUUUAUGGCAACAGCAGACGCAUUUAAGUGGCACGUGGGAAAUUGUGUCUUCGCUCUUGUCUUAAAAACAAAAGGCAUUGCGGUUCUGAUUUGUAGAUUUGUAUUAACACCGUGGCCAGAAACUGUGCUUAUCUACAUCAAGUUGAAAUAUUUUACUGCAUUUGUACUCAUGGAUGAGAUUUUGUUAAAAGGCUGACUUGUAUUUUGGAAUGACAGAUCUCUUUGGAAACUAAACCUGCUGGUAAAUUUGUGGAAAACGUAGAGCUGUAUAAGCUUGUUCAUUAUAAGCAGCUUAAUUGUCAGUAUAGCUUGACUUGUAGUGAUUAAACAGACUUUUGGUUGCUAAAAGAA